UUUCUGCGUUUCGCAGUGGUUGAGUAAUUGGGCAGGUCCUUCAAACCCGGUCCAGUUACCAGACCGGCCUCGCAAAAGCUCCCACAAAAAAUAGCCUACGCCUGAGUCUCCUCUCACUCUCUCCUCUGCAGGUUUUCCAUUAUCCAACCGACCCUCGAAUUAGGACGGAUGGAGAGUGCUAGAAUAGCAAGGUGUAGUUAUCGUUCAUUAACUGUUGUCAUUGCAUUGUCUGAAAAUAGUAAAUAUUUGGAUAUUUGUAAUGAGAUAUGCUUAAGGUUUAAGGAACUGAAAAUGGGGAGCUUUGACCUGACGUAUUCUCUUCCUGACCACCCUAAUUGUUUGCUGCAAUCUGAUAUGGAUUUGCAUAUGAUGUUGAUGUGUUUAACAAUGUUGAAGAGUAGUUUUGUUGAUAUAUUGGUGAAGGAUCUUGUGAGUUCAAAUAAUGAUAAUGGUGAUCAAAAGUGUGAAGAGUCUGAUCAUACAGCGUCUAAUCAUGCAAUGUCUAAUCGUGAAGUCUCGAAUCGUACAGCACCUUUAUCAUGCACAUUAGAAAGUCGUAGUGCCAUUGAUGAGAAUGACCGUUUUGGGGACUCCAGGUUGGAUGGAGGCAAUGCCUAUUUGUCUCAGUACUGGAAGGAAUAUAUUAGUCAUGACGGUCAGAGAUUUGAGGGGGGUGUAACUGAAUUUCGUAACAAGUUGUGUAAGUAUGCUGCUCAUAUGAGAUUUCGUAUUGCUUAUGUAAAGAAUGAGAAAGAACGUGUCCUUGCUGAAUGUUUUAAGAAGAUUUCAGAUGGUUGUAAUUGGCGUAUAUAUGCUUCUCUAUGUCGAGGGAAUGGUUUUUUCUACAUAAGGAGUCUGAAUAAUGUUCACACAUGCACGCCUGUUGUCGAUGAACAGAAAAGUAAGAUGAUGAGUUCAAAGGUUGUAUCUUCUGUUCUCGUGGAUCAAAUCCGCGAGAAACCAACAAUUAAACCAGCAGAUAUUGUCAAGGAUUUUAAGCAAAAAUAUGGUCUUGAUAUCUCUUACCAUAGUGCUUGGCACGGGAAAGAAUUGGCUAAGAGUGAGGUUCAUGGUAAUGAAUCCUUGUCUUAUAAUCAGUUAGUUCAGUAUAGAGAUGCUUUAAUGUCAACUAAUCCAGGGUCACAUUGUGUCUUGGAGUGUGAUCCAACAACUUCUUGCUUUCAAAGAUUGUUUAUUUGCUAUGGUGCUUGCAUUGAGGGAUUUAGAUGGUGCAGACCUUUGCUGUUCAUAGAUGCGACCGAUAUUAAAAGUAAGUAUAAGGGGCAGCUAAUUGGUGCUACCGGGAGGGAUGGAAAUCAAGGAUUUUUCCCAUUUGCUUUUGCUAUCGUGGACUCAGAAAACGAGGAAAACUGGAGGUGGUUUUUUGAAAAUUUAGCUAAAGUUUUGACUCCACAAGCUAGGACGAUAACUUUUGUAUCUAAUCAUAACAGAGGUGCGACCGAAGAUGUUUCAAACAUAUUUCCAACAUCCCAUCAUGCAUUUUGCUUGAAUGAUAUGAAACAGAACCUCUCAUCUAAAUAUCCAGCUAAUUUUGGUAAAUUUUUUCGGGAUCGAAUUGUUGAGCUUUUUACGAAAUGCGUAUAUGCUCCAACUGAAGCUGCUUUUGAGUUUAAUAUGAAAAAUUUAAAAGAUGAAGGCGGUGCUCCUAUGAAGACCUUUCUAGAAACUUUCCCCAAGGAGAAUUGGUCAUAUGCCUAUUUUAAGGGUAAUCGAUAUGGUGACAUGUGCAGCACUGUUUCUGAAUCAUUUCAAUCUUGGAUUUCAGAGCUUUAUGCGUUGCCUAUUUGUCAAAUGGUUGAUGGCAUCAGGAUUAAACUCAUGGGACUGAUGUCUCAAAGGAGUUGUGAAGCAAAGGAAUGUUGUUCUAUUCUCUGUCCUGUGAUGGAGAAAACCUUGAACGAAAUGUCGAUUGUUGGUCGGCAUUGGAAUAGUAUCCGUUCUAGUGCUUCUGUUUUUGAGGUUCAUGCUGAAGGUUCUUUUAUGGUUGAUUUGGAUAAGCAUUUUUGCUCCUGUCAUGAGUGGCAAAUAAAAGGCUUUCCCUGUGCUCAUGCAGUCGUUGCUGUUCAAAAAAAUUCGGGUUGCAUGUAUGACUACAUUGAUGAUUAUUUCAAGUUGAACUAUUUUAGAAGUUCAUAUGCAACUCUUAUUUCUCCCAUACCUGACAUUAAGGAUGCGGUGCAUGGGUGUUCAGCUGAUAUUGUUAUCCUACCUCCACUUAUUAGGCAGCCAGGGACUAAAAAGAUGAAAUCUGCUGAAAAGAAAAAAGGGGCAAGUUUCCCUCCUCAAAACCUAUUCAUCGGUGAAAUUGAAGGGAUGAGGAACAACUCACAUGGCAGAGGUCAUGGAUCACAGUGUUCAAGUUCGCACUUUGAAGAGGACAGUGCAUGGAUGUUGCCUUCUCGGCUGUGUUACUGUGGAAAUACUGCCAAAGUUAAGACUUCUUGGACUGCUACACCUCCAGGGAGGAGGUUUCAUGUGUGCGCACGGAAGAAUGGUUGUAGAUUAUGGGAAUGGGAUGAUCCUGAAAUGUGUGAGAGAUCUAAGCAAAUAAUACCCAGGCUGCUAAAGAAGAUCAACAAAUUGGAAGAUGAAAAAACGGCUCGACAUGUUUCGUUGUUUUGAUGGUUGGAUGGUUGUGUGGUUGGUGUCUGGCAAAGAUAAAGGCAAAGAUGGAGUGACUUUUUGUAUGAAAUGUAAUGGUAUGACUUUAGAAAAAGGAGUGACUUUGUGUGUCAGCAAUGUAACGAAAAUGGCAUAGAUGAGUUAUUUUGUGAAGUUAAUUGCAAUAUUCCAAGUUCAUAA